CAGACAAAAAUGUCUCCCUCAACCUCCUCUACCAGCGUGGUGGCUGUCCUCCUGCUGCUCUUCCCCGUUGCGCCAGCCCUUUCGCCGUCAGCCCAGACUAUACUGAGCGCGUGCAAGACCGUCGGAGGCGGGAGCACAUAUGUCGACGUCCAGUUCUGCGAAGACGCCCUCGGCUCUGUUGCCGGCCUCGUCGACUCCUACCAGGACCUCGCCGGUCUCGCCGUAGGCCUGCUCGCACACAACGCCACCAGCACGAAGUUCAAGAUCGACCGCCUGCUCCGGGGCGGCGGCGGCGUGAAACUUACGGCAGGAAACGACGUCGCCGUCACCCGGUGCCUCCAGUCGUGCCAGUCGCUGUACGGUGGCAUACUGAACGACGCGACUGCCUGCACCGCCGCGAUCAAGGCAGGGAAGUUGGGACAGGCGACGGCGAUCCUGGAGAAGGCGGCGGCGGCUGCCAAGCAGUGCGAGGACGGAUUCGGUAAGAGCAACGCGGCUUCGCCGUUGUCGGCUGAGGACAACGACGCGUUCGAGCUCGCAAAGCUCGCCGUCGGGUUGCUCCGUUAUGUCUGAGAGGCUCUAGUUGCCGCUACCGCUGAUUCGAAUAAUAUAAAAUGGUGAUGAAUUGUUUUGUUUA